GCCUCAGGGAUGGUGGUAGUUACGGGGCACAGCAAAGCGAGCGGGGACCCGGAUGAUGCCAUGUCGAGCUCGGAUGCUGAGGAUGAUUUCCAGGAGCCGGCCACUCCUACUGCCACCCAGGCAGGACCGGCGCUGCCGCUGCUGCCUCAGCAGUUCCCAGAAGUGGUUCCACUCAACGUGGGAGGGAUGUGUUUUACAACAAGGCUGUCGACACUCCGACGCUACGAGGACACGAUGCUGGCGUCCAUGUUCAGUGGAAGACACUACAUUCCCACAGAUGCUGAAGGCAGAUACUUUAUUGACAGAGAUGGAACCUACUUUGGAGACAUACUGAACUUCCUGAGGUCUGGUGACCUGCCACCCAGGGACCGAGUGAGGUCAGUGUACAAGGAAGCUCAGUAUUAUUCCAUAGGACCAUUGCUAGACAAUCUGGAGGAUAUCCAGCCUCUUAAAGGAGAAAAAGUUAGACAAGCUUUCCUGGGCCUAAUGCCAUAUUACAAAGAUCACUUGGAACGGAUAAUCGAGAUAGCGAAGCUGAGAGCCAUGCAGAGAAAGGCACGGUUUGCAAAGCUGAAGGUCUGUGUCUUCAAAGAAGAGAUGCCCAUCACUCCCUACGAGUGCCCACAUUUCAAUUCCUUACGUUUUGAGAGGAGUGAAGGUGAGACCAAGCUGUUUGAGCAUCACUGCGAGGUGGACGUGUCGUUUGGCCCCUGGGAGGCCGUGGCUGAUGUGUAUGACCUGCUGCACUGCAUCGUGACAGACCUGUCUGACAGGGGCAUCACCGUGGAUCACCAGUGCAUCGGGGUGUGUGAUAAACACCUCAUCAACCACUACUACUGCAAGCGUCCUAUCUAUGAAUUCAAGAUUACCUGGUGGUGAGUUGUCUCGUCCAGAAGGGGGCAGGGCAUGAGGACUUGCAGGUGACAAUUGCUUGUAAUGAUUUUUUGCACCGUGUCUUUGGAAAUGCGUUGCUGCU